AUGAAUUAUUCAGAAGUUUUUAAACUUUCAAAUGGUUUAUGCUCGUGUUCAUAUGACGGAUGUUACGUAGCCAAUGUAGUGAACCAGAAAUUAGUGGUUAGGCAGGCGGCUUCUUUGCAAGUUGUGGGUCUGUUCUCUUGUUCUGACGUUGUGCAGUACAUUGAAUGGUCUCCUGAUUCAACCAUGAUUCUGUGCGCCAUCUAUAAAAAAAAUCUUGUUCAGGUAUGGAGCAUAGAAGAUUUGGAUUGGACUUGCAAGGUUGAUGAAGGGUCAGUCGGAUUGGUCGGUGUUUGUUGGAGUCCAGACUCUCGACACAUCCUAACAACUUGUGAAUUUCAUUUGAGAAUAACCGUCUGGUCACUCGUCAACAAAUCAGUCAUGUAUAUAAAAUAUCCCAAACAGUGUAAAAAUUAUAUCGAUUUUUCAAGCAAUGAAAAAUAUUUAGCAGUGGCAGAACGAAGAGAUUGCAAAGAUUACAUAAGUUACUUCAAUUGUUACUCGUGGGAUCUCAUUAAAAAUUUUCCAACUGAGACGGAAAAUAUGGAAGGCAUAUGCUGGUCACCUAAUGAUGAAGUUUUGUGUGUUUGGGAAAAUUGCUUAACUUAUAAAGUUCUAAUAUAUUCCUUAAAUGGAUCGUGCUUGUCAAGUUUCAGUGCUUAUGAUUAUGCACUUGGGAUCAAGUCAGUUGUUUGGUCUCCCUCUGGCCAGUUCUUGGCCAUCGGCUCAUAUGAUGAAAAGAUAAGAUUGUUAAAUCAUCUGACUUGGAAACUUAUAUUAGAAUUUCCUCAUCCACCUAAUUUUGAUAGUAAUAUUGUUAUUUAUAAAGAAUCAGUUGUUACAGAUGUACUUAAAAAAACUUUUAGAAAAUACGAGAUUGCAGAGCCGAACAGCUCUUCAAACAUCCAAAUUCCAACAGCAAGUGUUAAUCCUAAUUCACCAACACCAAAAAUCGGUGUUGGAAACAUUCUAUUCAGUUGUGAUUCCAGAUAUUUAGCCAGUAAAAGUGAUUCCAUGCCUUCUAGCAUAUUUAUAUGGAGCUUGGAAAACUUGAAGUGCGUUGCCAUGUUAUUACACCUACAGCCAAUUAAAACAUUCUCUUGGGACCCAUCAAGUCCUCGAUUGAUCAUAUGUACUGGUGGUGAUGAAUUUUUUAUCUGGACACCAGAAAUCGCCCUAACCAUUCCAGUUUUAGGAAGGAAUGAUGGUUUCUGUGUUAAUGAUGCCAAGUGGGUGCCUUGCGAGGAAACCUCCCUUGUUUUAAUAGGUAAAGAUGAAAUGUGUUUAGGAUUUUUUCAAUAG